AUGCGUCCUACUGGUCAUAGAAGACACCACACAUGGCCUCAAUGCGGCUCUGAACUGUGCAUGCGUGGGCCCCACGGGCUGGAAGUCCAUGUAUUCAACCCAUUUGGGGGUCCCACAACCUAUGCCUAUAUCCCACUAUCUUUACAGCGAGCUACGGUGGCUCCACUCCGCACAGAGGAGUUGCUUUGUGGUGAUAUGGGAAUGCCCGAACUUUCUCGUCAACCGAAACGGAUUCCUCGGUUCUGGUUUCAAUCAUCCACGGGACGAAGCAAUCAGAGUUCGCGGUCGGGAUCAUCAGGGCAGACAAAGCAGGCUUACCGGAGUGUUCUACGCCGGUUGGCACGUCGGCCACCCUUGAGCAAGACUCGCUCUUUGUUUGUCGUUCCUUCAAAUACGACAUCUAAUGAUUCGUAUCUUAUGUCUGAAUUUAUACCACACAGAGAUUUGAAUGAGCAGGCACAGAACCCAUGGCUGAAAGACGACAUCGGAGGUGUCAUUCUGAACAACCACGCGCAUGGAGAAAACCGAGCGCUACAUUGUGGACACUUCAGGAAUAUGAAGAAUGACUGA